UUGUGUUGAACAGUUUUCGACUCCAUCGAGCGAGAGAGAUGGCACCCCCGCCGCGCACGAACAAGUACGAGAAGGUAGCUGCCAAGCAGACCAAGAAGGCAGCACCUCCACAGAAGCGACCGUUGCCUUCCGAGUCAUCCGACGAGGAAGACGACAACGAUGUGGAAGAAGACAGCGACGAGGAAGAGCUGCAAGACGACAACUUUGACGGUGAAGGCGAAGAUGACGACGAAGAUGAUGAGGAUGAUGAAGAAGAUGAUGACGAAGACGAACCGACCGCCGGGUUCUCGGACGCCAACCGCAAGUGGCUCAAGCCCAAAGCGAACGCAGGGUCCGACUCGGACAACGAUGACGACGACGAUGAAGAAGAAACGGCGUUUGAAAAGAAGGCCAAGAAGGCGGCAGCCAAGGCCCAGCGCGAUGACGCAGAUGCCGAAGCGGAACUCCAGCUCAACCUGAAGAACCAGGCAACGUUUGCAUUGGAGGACGCCGAGGGUGAAGACGCCGGCGACGUGUACCAGCGCAUCAAGGAUAUCAUUGAAGUGCUUGCGCAAUUCAAGGAGCGCCGCGAACAGCAUCGCAGCCGUAGCGAAUACAUUGACCAGCUCACGACUGACAUGGCGUCGUACUUCGGCUACAACCGCGAGCUCAUGGUUCUGUUUUUGCAAAUGUUUUCGCCGGCUGAGUGCCUCGAGUUCAUCGAAGCCAACGAGCAGCCGCGCCCGCUUGUCAUCCGCGCCAACACACUCAAGACCCGCCGCCGCGACCUGGCCCAGGCGCUCAUCCAGCGCGGAGUCAACUUGGACCCGCUGGCCAAGUGGUCCAAGGUCGGGCUCAAGAUUUACGACUCGCCCGUUCCGAUCGGGGCCACCCCCGAGUACUUGGCUGGCCACUACAUGCUUCAAUCUGCGUCGUCAUUCGGUCCAGUCUUGGCGCUGGCGCCUGAACCGAACGAGCGCAUUCUCGACAUGUGCUGUGCCCCAGGUGGGAAAACCACGUACGUGGCGCAGCUCAUGCGAAACUCGGGGUCUCUCAUCGCGAACGACCUGAAGAAACAACGGCUCAAAGCGACCGUGGCCAACUUGCACCGCCUCGGCGUCAAAAACUGCGCCGUAUCCAACUACGACGGCCGCAAGCUUCCUACAGUUUUUCAGGGAUUUGACCGCGUCCUGCUCGAUGCGCCGUGCACAGGUAUGGGUGUGAUUGCCCGCGAUCCCUCGAUCAAAACACAAAAGUCGGAGAAGGACGUCCUGCGCCUUGCCCACUUGCAAAAGGAACUCCUCCUCGCCGCUAUUGAUGCCGUCGAUGCCAAGAGCGCCAGCGGCGGUGUUGUAGUUUACUCGACCUGUUCCGUCAUGGUCGAAGAAAACGAAGCAGUUGUCGACUAUGCCCUGCGCAAGCGCGCCGUCAAGCUCGUGGACUCUGGCCUCGAGCACGGCAAACCUGGUUUUACGCGGUACCAGCAGCAGCGCUUCCACCCGAGUGUGGCGCUCACGCGCCGAUUUUACCCUCACGUGCACAACAUGGACGGGUUCUUUGUCGCCAAGUUCAAGAAAUACGCCAAUGCACUCGCCCACCGCGACCAAGAUGACGAUGCUGACGACGGUGACGACGGCCUGUCGAAGCGCGCCAAGCGAAAACUCCAGGCCGAGAACCAAAAGGCUUCAGAUAACGUCGACGCCAACGUUGACGAAGACAUGAGCGAUGCAUCCGACGAGGAUAAAGUUGACAAGGACGAUGAGGCCAGCGAAGACGACGAUGCCGAAGAAGACAAGGAACAGGACGCGAAUGAGGAGGAGGACGAGGACGAGGUCGCCAGCGACGACAAACUAGAAAGCGAAGAAGUGGAGGCGGUCCCGACCCCCAAGGCCGCCAAAGGCAACGCGCGUGCCGCGGCACGACCGGCCACGAAACCGCAAAUGACAUCCAAGUUUGCCGGCAAAAAGCCCCCACAAGGGGGCAAGCCAUUCCAUAAAGCCCAGGGCAAGCCGAGCGGCGGCGCGAAAAAGGCCGGCGGCCGACCCGGGUUCACCCCCGGUCGCGCGACCAAACCGUCGGGGGAACCCAAGCCUCCAAAGCAAAAGCGCUUUAUGGACAACAAAAUGGCACAGGCGCGGAUGAAGAAGCGCCAAAAGAAAUAGAAACCAGUCAUAUGACGACGAGUCGACACCGACCUAUUAUACAAUCCGUCGACGGCACAUUCUGUCCGUGGUAAGGAUACAUAUAUGUAUACUUCGAAGUGCAG